AUGAAUAGCACUGGUCCAAAACGUCGUUACGUACGUGCUAGUGACCGACGCCUUGCUGAAGUAGCUGCUCAAGCUGCAGCCCGUAUUGACCUCAAAGCAUUGCAAUAUCGACGCUCAGCAUCUACUGGUAUCAUGACGGAACGCUCGAUUGACGGUACCGUUAUCACUUCAACAAGUGUCAUUGAGUGUUCACUUGCUGAAAUGCGUGGAUUAUUAGCAUCACCUACUAGUGAUCGGUAUGCCUGCGUGAUGCGAGAAUUGGUCGGGCACGACUUUAUCUAUGGAGCUAUUGUACAUCAUGCCGAGAAAACUACGACGCAGAACAUUACGGUCCGAACGGCAACGUUUUUGAAGCGCCACAUGCUGGCACAUAAUGAGCAAUGGUGCCAUGUGAGUGCUCUUAAGACGCUGGAAGCUUUUAGCAAGGAUCAAGUUCAAGGGUUUACCGUUUCACUUGCGUCGCUGCAUCCAGAUGAUGUGUUCACGGGCAAGGCUCAAGCUGCUAGUGUAACUAAUAUCCGAGGACUCUCUGUGCUCUAUCUCGUCACUGCUGAACCACACGGGCUAAUAAAGGGAAGAAGAAAAAAGCGAGCCGUCCGAGUCACGUUUUGCGCACAUGUAGCAACAACCCUUGGCUACAGUAGACCCUCACCCUUUCGAUGGUUCAAGUUAGCGAGGAAUGGCGAAGAAGCCAGCGAUGCAUCGAAUGGAGCUGUGCUUGCACGGGCCGUACAGCUCGCGCGCACACUGAAUCAUCUUCAUGUUGCAGUGCGUCGGCAUCGGCUUGACGCGCAAGUACUUGUCGACUUGCAAAAGGUGCAGCCUAAUAACUCUCGCUGUGCGUGCUGUACGCGCCGUAUCAGUGUCGUUAAGAACAUAUUCGGCAUCUCGAAGGGCGAAAAAACGUCGUCGCAGAGUUCCAAGCGCUGUCAAUUGUGCGGGUUUCUUGUCUGUGCUCGUUGUGUGUGUACGAUCGGCAAGGAAUCCUUGUCGGGAAUGUCGGAGCCUUUAAACAACGGUACAAAACACAGCCAGGUCGUAUGUCUUUGCGAACACUGCAUGCAGCGCGUUGACGAUGCAGACUAUGACAAUUACUGCACUUCAAGUAGCAGUUUGUCGCCUGUGUCUGUCCAGCCUGAUUCUCCUAAUACUGAACCAGCUAGCGUGGUGAUCGCACGUGCCCUUAGCCAACUGCUCGGAAGUGCUUCUCAAGAAGACAAGCCUGCAGUUAUUCGAGUGAUCAAGCACCUCCUUAGCUUGAAUCAUCAGAAAGAACACAAUAAAUUCCGUGCCGACUCGGCUGAAUUGGCCAAGAGCUUGGGCCAAUUAGCAGAGAAACAAGGAUUCUUAGCGGGUAUACCGAAAUCAAAGACGAAGCAGGUUCCUGAAGUCACGCCUGGGGGCUCAUCAAGUCCAGAAGUUUGUGACGUUCCCCCUGUAGCAGGUGCCACGGGACGUCAAUACGCGCUGCAGUAUGCAGAUCUGGGUGAUAGCAAUGCUGCUGUGGAAGAUGCUGAAGACACUGAAGAUGCCGGUGAUGCCGGUGAAGAGGUUAUCAGUUUGGCGCGCCAUCCCGUUCCAGCUGAUGAAGCCCGUCGUUUGCAGUGGAUUAACAGUCAUCCUAACAUUAUUUCGAGCAUGAUGAAUCUUCCGGACCUGAUGGUACUGUGCAAUAUCGCUCGUUCGGAAUUACAAUGUGAUACUACGCUGGUUACCAUUGUAGGACCCAGUGUGGUGCACGUGGUGGCAUCCACCAACCCUGUUUGGAUAGGGUCCCAGACUCCUCGUGAUCACUCCUUGUGUACUCACGCCCUCAUGAAUGGAGCGCCGCUUUUUGUUCGCCAUCCCGAAGCUGAUGUACGCUUCAGUGCGAUGAAUGCUGUGCGUCGUGGUGACAUACGUUUCUAUUUUGCCUUUCCUAUAAGGAUCAUGUGCCCAAAUGGUGGAGGUUCAACUGCCAUUGGGACGUUCUGUUGCAUCAGCGCUGGCGAAAGUCGCAACGUAUCGGAACCCCAGUACGCGCUCAUGGCUACUCUUGCCGACGGUGCGUCGCGCGUCAUGGAGACGCUUGCUGAAGAACUUAGGUGA